UUUCAGCCCCCCUUGAAACAUCAAAUCUUCUCUGUAGGCCAAUCAACCAGCUUCAAGACUAACCUGUUUUUCGUCUUGCUUUAUCUUAUCUACUCAUUCUUCCUUGGCAGUUUACUAGUGUAAUGUCUUCCUCUCUCUCUUUGGGAGAGGAAUUCCACAAGUUGACAUACAGUACAGUUUUACCGCUUCUAAACCAUAUACUUGUAGCUCUUCAAAGGUUACUCUUAAGACGCUUUGACAUGCAGAUCUCAAUUCUCAAUUCUGCAUAGCCAACACAAAGGAAUCCCCUGAGAAUAUCUCUAGGGCCCUGUGAUUUCCACGUUAAUGAAAUCGUGGGCAGGAUAGGCCAAUAAAGACAGAAACUGUUAUAUGCAAAAAUGACAUGUGCAUCAAAUGUGAACGAACGCGAAGAAAGUGACAGACUCACAACAAUAACAACAUUUACUAAUGUUGUGCAGGGAAGAGUAUGAUUUGUUGCAUAGUAUAACUACCUGUUUUACUGUGCAUAUGACAAUAAAACUCUUGAAUCUUGAAUGUUUUACUGGCAGUGAUAGCUACAACAGAUAAUACAUUAGCCGCCAGCUAGCGCAUCAGUUAGGAAUUAGCAGUGCAACACAUUUUUAGAGCUGUAAUUACAAUACUGUGAUAUUUUUGGCCAAGGUUAUCAUACCAUCAGAAUCUCAUACCGCCCCAUGCAUACCUCCCUCAUAGGGAAAGGGUGAUUCUACAUUGUUUGUUGUAUUUAUUACCAAUAAUCAAUCCACGGGGAUUAUUGUUAUGCUACUGUUAUAACACAUUAUCUCACAUUUGUGGAAAAGUGCAAAGAGAAAGUGAAAAGAGGUAGUGUUUUUUUUUUUUAAUUGUACAAAUUUAUAUUGCAAUUUUCCUUCAGUUUGCCCUGUUUGAAAUUAAAAUUCAACCAUAAAAGUGAUUAUUUACUAUCAUUAUGAUUGCCUCCACCUUUUGCGACUUGAAAGCGUUUCUUUUAAGUUGUGUUUAUGUCAUAGAUCUUCCUCGGAUGCCUUUAUCUAUUCCCGUUUUGCAAGAGUGUUGUUCUUUUCCAGUGAAACAAUACCAAUUUUUCCUCCAUGAUGUAACUUCCACGUUGGGACCACUGGUAGGGGCCUAUGCGAGCACUGGCAUUGUAUUCCAGCAAGGCUCAGGAUGUCCUGUUGGGGGGGUUAGGGGUUGGACAGAAGCAGAGAUGCUAGAGCAUAAGUGAGUUGCGUGCGUUCUAUGGUGAUGACUCGUUGGUUUGGGCCGACUGACAGAGGCUCCCAGGACCACGUAGUCGCGCCGGAAUCCUCUUUGUUUUUUCCGCUGGAUUUAUUUAGUUGUUGUUUUGUUUAAACAGAAAAUGUUGCUUGAUUGAGGACAAUAUGAGCAGAGCAGCAUCGGAAGAAUGGCUUAACCAUCUGGUUCAAGGAUUGUGAUGAUUCCGGAUGGAAUUUUCUAUUGAAUAUGUUGAGAAGAUUCAGGAGUGAAUUUUAAGGAGGUGAACCAAGAGAACAAGCAGAGGCUUUUCGGCGAGAUCCACUCUGCAAUCGACAAAUUGGCAUUCACCGUUGGCAAUGUAGUGUCUGACUUCCUUAUGGGAGAUGCAGAGAAUGGACUGGGGCUCCCCCUAAGUAAGAGGAGCAGGUCUUUUGACAACCUCCCUCUGGAAUCUGGAGGAUCCGGCCCUGAGAAAGAUGAUCCGCCAGGAUCGCCAGUUCGCGUCGAAGAGGUGGACAGGACGCUGCUGCAGCAGGACAACGGGGUGGAGUUGGUGCUACGCUACGCCAAGGACUGGUCCAAGUACACCAAAGACGUGCUGGCGUGGGUGGAGAAACGUCUGAAUAUGGAUAUCGAGUUGGCAAAGAGCUACUGCAAAAUGGCUGAAUCGGCAAAAACCCUCGCAAGUCAACAGGAGUUCAUGCCUUUCCGUGACAUCUACAUGGCUGCUUUCAAAAAUGACAUUGAAUACAGCAGGCUGGUCCUCAGCACCACGGCUGUACUCCAAAGCAACAAAUACAUGCAGCCGCUGGUGACUCGGAAAAACGAGCUGGACAAACUACGCAAGGAGAUGAAGGAGCAGUGGCAGAGACAGCAAAAGAAAAUGCACGAGGCAGACAGCGCACUGAAAAAGGCUCGGAUGCUGCAGGAUCAGCGUCAGACGGAGUACGAAAAGGCCAAAGUGUCCACCAGCCGCCUGGAGGGGGAGCAAAUCGGAGGAGUGGCGGGUGCUGCAGCGGCGAAACAACUUGAGAAGCGGCACAGGCUGGAAGAGGAGGCUCUGCAGAAGGCUGGGGAAGCGAGGGAGCACUGCAAAGCUUGCCAGAUUGACGUCGAGGAAAAAAGAGUGCAUCUGGCCAACACAAAGAGCCAAAUCAUCACUCAGCUCCGAAAGAUGGUCUUCCAGUGCGACCUCACCCUCAAAGCCGUCACGGUCAAUUGGUUCCAGCUCCAGCAGGCCCAGGUCGUGUCGCUCCCCGUCAACCACCAGGGUCUGUGCGAAAAUGCAAAGCGGUAUGAGCCCGGGCAGCGCUACAUCCAGUUUGUGCAGAGGUUGUCCGCUGAUGGGCCUCGCCUCGAGUCCUACUUGUUGGAUUUUUCAUCGAGUGGAGGAAUGCCUCCUGCCAAGCGCACGCUCAGCGGAAGCCACUCGUCCUACAGUAACCUGUCGCAAGGUUCUGUGACGUCCGACCCGCUUGGUAUUGAUGAAGUGGACGGAUCCAACAACACCCAACAAGCCAAGACCGGCACUGACAUUCAAGCACUUCGGCCUCGAUCCAUGAAUUUGACGAGCCAGGGUGGCGGAAUGAACAGCGACGACUCGGAAAGUGCAGGAGGGAGCAGCGAAUCCCGCUCCAUGGACUCGCCCACUGCUAGCCCAGGAGAAUUUAACAGGAAAUUUCCCAGAACUCCCUCCACCGGCACCAUGUCGUCUGCCGACGACCUUGACGAGCGAGAGCCCCCGUCGCCUUCUGACAACGGUUUGAGUGAUCUGGUCAUGGAGGCCGCCAGCUCCCCGGGUCCUUUUCGGAACACCCAGAUGUCCAAAGCUGCUCAAACUCACAAGCUGAGAAAACUCCGAGCGCCCUCCAAGUGUCGCGAGUGCGAUGGCCUGGUGGUUUUUCAAGGAGCAGAGUGUGAGGAGUGUUCGUUAGCCUGCCAUAAGAAGUGCCUGGAGAGCCUGGCCAUCCAGUGCGGCCACAAGAAGCUUCAGAGGAAGCUUCACCUUUUCGGCGUCGACUUCACGCAGACCGCAAAGAACAGCCAGGACGGCAUUCCGUUCAUCAUCCGCAAGUGCACGUCAGAGAUCGAGACCAGAGCGCUCAACGUGAAGGGUAUCUACCGCGUCAACGGCGCCAAGUCCCGCGUGGAGAAGCUGUGUCAAGCGUUUGAGAACGGCAAAGACCUGGUGGAGAUGUCGGACCUUUACCCCCACGACAUUAGCAACGUACUCAAACUCUACCUGAGACAGCUUCCAGAGCCGCUCGUCCUUUUCCGCUACUAUGACGACCUUAUCGGCCUGGCCAAAGAAAGCCAAAGUGGGAUUGUGGCAGAUUUGGAAGCAUUUCGCCUGAGUUCCUCCCCGGUGACGCCGGCUCAGGUCAGCGUGGAGCUCAACCGCAUCCUCUUCAAGAUCAAGGACCUCCUGAGGCAGCUGCCGCACGCUCACCAGAAGACGCUGCAGUUCCUUAUCGAGCAUCUGCACCGGGUGACAGAGCGAUCUGAGGAGAACAAGAUGACGGCAAGGAACCUGGGGAUCAUCUUUGGCCCGACGCUCAUCAAACCGAGGCAGGCAGACGCAGACGUCGCCUUGUCCUCGCUGGUGGAUUACCCCUACCAGGCGCUCAUCGUGGAGCUCAUCAUCAGGCACUACCAGAUGAUCUUCGACGUCCCCCUCAGUCCAGUGGUGGGCAACUCCCCCACCGAGGUUUACGCUCAGCCCUUACCCGAUAUCCGCAUUCCUCAGCAGGAAAAGGAGCGGAACCUGAGCAGGUACUCCAAGUCGGUGAGCGACAUCCAGGAGCUCAGCUCCAAGGACUUCAAGAGACAUUCCUCCACUCCUUCCCACCAUUCCUUCGCAGACUUUCAGGACUUGGAAGGAAAUGAAUUUCAACCUGCAGAUGAACCGGAUUCCAAGUCCUGCAACGGGGUUUUAUCCUCAAGUGCCACUGAGCUGCCCAAGCCGAGCGAGCGAGGCCUCUACCGCUCUCCGCACGUCACGGCCACAACCAGGGUGCAUCUGCGACAGCAUCGCAACAGGUUCACCUCCCGACCGGUGAGCAUGCCGGUCGAACGAAGUCACGACCGAGGCAGAGCGGACGAGAGGCCCACCUGGACCAGCGCCGAUGACGACGACAGGAAAGGAGACCACUCCAUCCAGUCCAUCCAAGAGGUGGAUGAAAGUGACACAAGGCUGCGAGCGGGCACGCAUCAUCGGAGCACGUUUAUCGACACCCAGACGUUACGCAGAACGUGGGACAAACAGUACAAGCACGAUGUUGCUUCCAGACCGGUUAAAAUAGUUUACAGUACAGACGCUAAAGCAGAAGACGGUGGCAACGUGUCUCCUUAUGCGCCAUUGAGCUUGUCGCUUGAGGACUCCGGGGGUGCUGUUAGCACCGCCAACGGACCUUCCAGCUUUUCAACGCAACCUGGCAGAACGUUGAGAAGGGAGGGCAACGUAACCAUGUUCAACAUCGUCUCAAAGGGUUUCCGGGCUUCUAGGACCCUCCAACCUCCACCGGGAACUUUUUACAAGCCUCCAUCGGGGAGUCAAACCAAAUCCCUUCACACGUUGACCAACAGCGCUGAAGACGAAGAGGUGGAGGGCGAGGAGGACGAGGAGGAGGAGGAGCUUGAGAUCGAGGUGUCUGUAGAUGAGCCUCACGAGGAGGGCGCCGAGGCGGAGCAGGCGGCCACCUCGCCGUCCCAAAGCCCGAGUCCUGAUGGGGCGGGGCCAAACCAGGGCAGACCUGUUUACCAGAGACUAAGGUCUAGGCACCUUCAAGAGGUGGAACAUCGAGAAGCUCAUUUCGUGUGAUCCACGGUCCUUUUGUGCAUUAGAGACACAAUGAAGACAAAUAGUAAGACUGAUGGUCCUGUGCCGAGAAGCAACGCCCCUUUUUCAUCCCAGGAUGCACUUAAAUGUACGUUCCCCCCCCCCGGUAUGUCUUCUGGACGAUCACUCACUUACCACAAUGGCCACCAGGUUGGACUAUUUAUACAUUUUAAAGCUGUGCAAUUGCAUUUUAUGUGAAUAGUUUGUAUAUGUUCUUCCAGAUUCACGAUGUCGUGUUUAUAUACCAAAAAAAGAAAUAUAUUUGAAUAGUACAAGAAUGCAUGUAGCCAGCACACUGAAACACAGGAAUCUUACUGAGCUUUGUUACCGUCUUCUAAACUUCUCUGUAAAGCAAUAAAAGACACUUGCUCUGUGGAGCAUUUGUAUUAUCAUAAAGCUUUUUAUACAGCUGAGCAUACGGCCUAAGAAGCCGGCUUCCAUCGCAUGAUAGCUGAACUGUAAAGCAUUCUUCAUAGCCAAAGCAGUUUUUCAGUAUUUCUACAGCAGGACUAUAAAUAAGCUAAACCUUUCAUGUCUUAAACCCUCGAGGCACCUUGGGGGACCAAAUCAUGUCCAUUCUGCUCAUUUGUUUCUUAAUAUAAGGUGUUUAGAAUAAAUACUUGCACUCUUUACCCCCGAGAACCAUUUGGUCCCAUUCACUCCAGUUAUAACCAACGUAAUAAAAACGCACAUCCAACAAUAAUGCAUCAGAAUCAGAUAUGGAAAAUAUAUAUUUUUUUAAAAUUCAUAGUGUUUUUCUAGGUGUACUUCUAAAAUAUAUUUGUGAAUAUUAAAUAAGCCCUGAAGUUGUUAAAAAUGGAUGUGGUGAAAGUGAAGAAAAACAUUGCUAUGUUUCACUUUUAUGAGAGGAACCAUUUGGGGACCUAAGGGGUAAAAAGUGUAACUUUUUCAAUAGAGCAUUUUUUAUGUUGUAUGAUUCAAUGUAAAAAAAAAACAAAAAACAGGUACAUCCGAACAAGCAUACUUUUGUAACUUAUUAAAUAUAUCUGGCAACUUUCACUUGAUUGUGCUU